CAACCUUUUUAUUUACCGUGCUUUUUAUACACACGUCGGGUGUAGAGCCUACUUUGUAGACUGUAUUUGUGAUUGUUUGUUGAGAAUAUGUUGGCGAUGUGUCCACACCAAAAAUGAUUAUUAUUAGAAAAACUAAGCCCGAAACGACCUGAUGUUGAGUGAACCCCGGAAAAUGCCACAAUGGUCCAUAAAUAUCUGUAUUUGUUGUGCGCGUUCAUCAUUCACGAGUGUUUGGGGUAUUUAAAUUUGUUUCUAACAUCCCAGGAGGUACAAAAAACUUUAGGAUUAGAUGUGGAAUUAUACUACAUUAGAGAUGGCCAAAUUAAUAAUAACGCCUUAGCUUAUGUUAUGGAUAUUCCAUUAAACGUCGAUAAUUUACUCAUUUCUUGGGAAAGUCUAAAUGGAAAAGCACUCCCCUACAACAUUGGAAUAACCACAUCCAAUCUACAUUCAAUAACUCCAAAACUGAAUAUAACAGAAUCAGGAAUAAUUCCAACAACUUUACAAACCUUCACUUUAUCGGUACCUUGCACAGGAACUGUUGCAGAUCAAGUUAAUAUAGAUAUAUCAAUGAAUAUCACUUUGCAGCCCAAUAAUAUAACAACAAUUAAAAUUCAAAGAAAAAAAAAUUGCAAACGCAAUGAGACCCCAAUAUCCAGUAAUAUUUCAGUUGAUUCAAAGCCGGUUACAAAUUCAGUUAAUAUUUUUUAUACGGCAGUAGGAUCAGCAAUUAUUUUAAUAGGGUUCCUAGCAAUUUGUGUUUUGAGGUAUUACUUGAAAGAGAAGAAAAAAAAAUCUUCAAGGGGAAAUUCCAUGCAGCCUCAUAUGACCUACUUAACAUCAGCAACAAGAAAUCCAACAUCAACUUGUUCCUAUGGCAGUUUCAGAAGAAUGCCUAGUUAUUCAUUAAUUGAUGAGAGAUCCAAAGACCUGCAAGAAAGAAUCUCAGAAUUAACAAUACAAAGAUGCAGAGUGGGAUUAAACUCAGUUAUUUUAGAAGGAACUUUCGGCAGAGUUUAUUUAGGAAGUUACACCGACGAAAAUGGACGCCAAGAAGAGGUUCUUGUCAAGACUGUAACCGAUCACGCUUCGCAAAUCCAAAUUUCGUUGCUCCUUCAAGAAGGCAUGUUUAUGUACUCUUUGAAUCACAAAAACAUUUUAACCAUUUUGGGGGUUUCCAUCGAAGAUCAAACCGCGCCGUUUUUACUAUACCCAUAUCAUUCUUACAAAAACUUAAAAGUCUUUUUACAAAAAUGCAAAUUAAACUCGGAAGGUGUUGCUCACACUUUAACCACGCAAGAAGUUGUUGAUAUGGCGUUACAAGUUAUUCAAGGGAUGCAAUAUUUACAUAAAAAACAUUUGUGGCAUAAAGAUUUAGCAGCCAGGAAUUGUGUGGUGGAUGAUAAAUUACGCAUAAAAGUAACGGAUAACGCUCUUUCAAGAGAUUUAUUCCCAUCAGAUUAUCAUUGUUUGGGUGAUAACGAAAAUCGCCCAAUAAAAUGGAUGGCGAUCGAGUCUCUUUUGCAAAAAGAAUUCUCGUCAAGCAGCGACGUUUGGUCAUUCGGCGUAUUACUUUGGGAAUUAACAACGUUAGCUCAACAACCUUACGUUGAAAUCGAUCCGUUCGAAGUUGCCGCGUAUUUAAAAGAUGGGUACCGAUUAGCACAACCGGUUAAUUGCCCAGAUGAAUUGUUUGCUGUAAUGGCAUAUUGUUGGGCGAUGUCUCCGUCGGAAAGACCAACGUUUACUCAAUUACAAGUUUGCCUACAAGAAUUCUACGCUCAAUUAAUUCGAUAUGUUUAGUAUACAUAUAUAAAUUUUUAAUAUUUUCUUUGAUAUGUUCCUUUGUGCCAAAAUUAGGUCUCCUUUGUUUUAAGACUGUUUUGCUUUAUUUAUUUUGCGAUAUUUUUUUUAUAGAAGUGACUGAAUUUUGUAUAUAUAAAA